AUGACCUCAUUCAGGGGCAGACUGAAAGGGAGGGGAAGUAAGAGAGGGAGAGAAAAUGGAAGCAGUCUGCUAUACAUUUUUUUUCUCCACACACAAACUUUCAAAAAGAGAAAAGACGAUAAGAGCCGAUGACGAUCAACCGAUUGGGAAUGAGAGCGAGAGAUAAAGAAAUAGGGAGGAAUAACACUAACCUGACACUGAGUCUACUGCACAACUGAUGAGAACAUCAAAUAUUACGUAUUUGAGGCCUUGAGGCCUUAAUUGACCAAGGAGAGAAAGCAGGUGGGCACUUCUGGUCCUGGAGGGUUGCAGUGUGUGCAGGCUUUUAUUCCAACCCUCAGAGCCCUGACAGAGAGAGAGAGAGCAUGUCUUCUAACUUGGACUCCAGUCUAACCAGCAUAGACUGGCUCCCCCAGCUGGGAAUCAGCUCACUGCGAUCAGGAAGAGAGGAGGAGAAGAGGGGGAGAGAAAGAAAGAGAGAGGGAGGGAGAGAAGUGAUCUUUCUCCAUCCAUCCCUGUCCCCUUUCCUUCCUCUGGAUCCAAAGCCAAGCCCCCUCACAGCUAUGCCACCCUCAUCGCCAUGGCGAUAGGUGCUGCCCCCGGCAGGAAGUUGAGUUUGAAUGACAUCUACAUGUGGAUCAGUGACAUGUUCCCCUACUACAGCAGAUCUGCCAGGGGAUGGAAGAACUCCAUACGCCAUAACCUGUCCCUCAAUAAAUGCUUCCGGAAGGUUCCUCGACCCCAAAGUGACCCUGGGAAGGGUUCCUAUUGGAUGAUGGACGGCCCCUCCGAGCCCAAUCCGCUGAAAGGAACCAAGCGUCCGUAUCCAGCUGAAGAGGAGGAGGGGUCCAUCCAGGUCCCCAAUGUCUCAGUGAUGCAGGCAGAGAAACAGCAUUCACCUCAGACAGACCAUUAUAGGUCUUUAGCAUCUCCACAGACAGACCAUUAUAGGCCUUUAGCAUCUCCACAGACAGACCAUUAUAGGUCUUUAGCAUCUCCACAGACAGACCAGUAUAGGUCUUUAGCAUCUCCACAGACAGACCAGUAUAGGUCUUUAGCAUCUCCACAGACAGACCAUUAUAGGUCUUUGGCAUCUCCACAGACAGACCAUUAUAGUUCUUUAGAAUCGCCACAGGAACCCAGUCAACAACUAUCCACCCCACCAUGCAAGCAACGGCCACCCUAUAUGCAGUCCCCUGUCUCCUCUCUCCCUGUCCCCCAUGAUACUGUCUCCCCAUCUACUGCCUCUGCUACUCUCCCCUCUAUUUCUAUCCCUCACUCUCUCCCCUCUCUUUCUGUCCCUCACUCUCUCCCCUCUCUUUCUGUUCCUCAUUCUCUCCCCUCUCUUUCUAUCCCUCAUUCUCUCUCCUCUCUUUCUGUCCCUCACUCUCUCUCCUCUCUUUCUGUCCCUCACUCUCUCCCCUCUCUUUCUGUUCCUCAUUCUCUCCCCUCUCUUUCUAUCCCUCAUUCUCUCUCUCUUUCUGUCCCCCACCCGCUCCCCUCUCUUUCUGUUCCUCAUUCUCUCCCCUCUCUUUCUAUCCCUCAUUCUCUCUCCUCUCUUUCUGUCCCUCACUCUCUCACCUCUCUUUCUGUUCCUCAUUCUCUCUCCUCUAUUUCUGUCCCUCACUCUCUCACCUCUCUUUCUGUUCCUCAUUCUCUCCCCUCUCUUUCUGUCCCUCACUCUCUCCCCUCUCUUUCUGUUCCUCAUUCUCUCCCCUCUCUUUCUGUCCCUCAUUCUCUCCCCUCUCUUUCUGUCCCUCACUCUACUGUCCCCUCUUCUGUCUCCCCUCAAAGUCUCCCUCCUUCUGUUCCCUCUCUUUCUGUCCCAUCUCUUUCUGUUGCCCCCACCUACGCCUCGUCACACUCCUGUGAUCCCCUUCUCCGUUUCACCUUCUCUGAUCUGAACCUGCCAGACCUCUACACCUCCUUCCAGUCCCUCGGCAGAAGCGUCAGGGAGAGAGUGGCCUCGCAAUCGGACGUGGGUCCAUUAUUUGUGUUGACCAAUGACAGUACCCCACUGCACACCCCAACCCUCCCCCCUUUCUCCCCUCACCUUGUACCCCCUGUAGCACCCGGGCCUCCUCCUGAGGCAGACAGACUGUCUCACAGCAGUGUGGUGCCAGCAGACUGGUUCAGUACUACAGACACUCUGAAGGAGAGCUUUAGGGUCGCCAGCAGUCUGGACUGGGCCAACAUUGACCUCACUAGCCACCCAGACCUCCUGGAGAGCAUGCGCCAGGCCGAGCUCUGUGAUUGGGCGCUGGAGCCGACACUCUUCACUUCGCUCUGUGAUUCAUUAAACCGUUUCUUCACUCAGAAGGGCCUAAUUGGCUCGUCCUCUGGUAACAACUCCCCAUUGGCCCAUGGUGCCCCUCAAUCUCUGCUCCUCCCACCCCUUACUCACAACACCCCCACCCUGGCCAGCCUGACCCACCCCUCUCCCCUGGCCUAUCCCCCUCGGGUCCCCCCUUCCAGCAGUGGGCAGCCUCCCAGGAGUCCCCUCCACCCCCAAACUCAGGUUGUACAGAGGCCCCACCUGACCCAAAAUGAAGCCCUUCAGGCCAAUGCUGGGAUCCAACUUCAACCUAAACCCCGUCCCCCUAUGAAACAUCUCCAUAACAACAGCGAGGAGAUCCAAGAUGACUUUGACUGGGACUCUCUGAUCGCCUGAAUUGAAUUCUGUUUGCCCCACGAUUCCAUUCAGGAAGUCUACUGGAUCAGUGUUGCCUGCCGGCACAGAUCUAGGAUCAGCUUACCCUCCCCAAAACAAACCUGGACCACUGGGAGGAAACAACCAAAACUGAACAUCUAGGGGAAACGUCCUCCUACUCCGAGGGGCCUCCCAUACGAAACACUACACCCUAUAUUCAGCUGCCUCACCACACACGCUACUCUUGCCAGUGAGGAUGGUCAUUGAUACUGCAUUCAGUCAUAAUGUAUUGCUAUAGUGAAAUGGUUGAAAGGUUUUUGGUUCCUACUUAUUUUCUGCAAUUGUAUCCCUAUCUGGAAGUCUUCACAGAAGCUUCUGGACAUGCAUAUAUCCUCCAACUGACAGAGAAGACUUCAUAUGUUAAUAACAUAACACAACAGUUCCUCCAUCCAACAGCAUUGGAACAUCAAACACACAGUACACCAGACAGACAGAUUUAACGUAAGGAAACAUACCCUUUGUGGAUUUGUUUUAUUUCUUACAUUUCUUCUUUUUUUUUUUCAUUUUACUUUUCAAAUGUGAAUGUUCACAGUUAACACCACACAAAAUGUGACCUUUCCCAAUAAAAGAGAUAUUUUAGUUUAUAUAAAAUAACAAUCAAUUCAUCAAACUAAAUGAAAAGAAACAACAUGUCAUCAAGUCCCCUGUUGUUUAAAGUUCGUUCAUUGAAUUGUCUCUUUAAAAGAAGCAUCUGCAGCUCUCCCCCCGUAGGAACGAGGAUCAGAAAGGACAGGGUCCCCCCGUAGGAACGAGGGUCAGAAAGGACAGGGUCCCCCCGUAGGAACGAGGGUCAGAAAGGACAGGGUCCCCCCGUAGGAACGAGGGUCAGAAAGGACAGGGUCCCCCCGUAGGAACGAGGGUCAGAAAGGACAGGGUCCCCCGUAGGAACGAGGGUCAGAAAGGACAGGGUCCCCCCGUAGGAACGAGGGUCAGAAAGGACAGGGUCCCCCCGUAGGAACGAGGGUCAGAAAGGACAGGGUCCCCCCGUAGGAACGAGGGUCAGAAAGGACAGGGGUCCCCGUAGGAACGAGGGUCAGAAAGGACAGGGUCCCCCCGUAGGAACGAGGGUCAGAAAGGACAGGGUCCCCCCGUAGGAACGAGGGUCAGAAAGGACAGGGUCCCCCCGUAGGAACGAGGGUCAGAAAGGACAGGGUCCCCCGUAGGAACGAGGGUCAGAAAGGACAGGGUCCAGUCAUGUUGAGACACCUGGAGACGAGACAUUCUGUAUGAAAGAGUGAGAAAGACUAAUGCUUCUGAUUAAUACAAAACUUUUGUGAAAUAAAAUUGGCAGAAAAAUGUGAUCCUUAUAAUACCUCAUUUGAAAUCCCAACAUUACAUAGCAUUGAUACAAGUGACAAUUUUUAAAAACAAAAAUAAUAGAUUUGUAUCUUGCUGAAAUAAGCGAGGACGCAGGAUGAAUGGAGACACAUUCACACACACACACACACACUCUUCCACACAACACAUUUACAAAACACAUUCCAUCUCUCCUCAACCAAUUCAAUAGUUGCCUUCUUGUUUUCCAUGACAAUCACUAACAAAAAAUAAGCAUUUGAUUUUAUGGCAUAAUUGCUUCAUUUUUCCCCACUUGUUUAUUCAUUCCCAGGAGCGGAAAAAAUUAUCAAUAAAUUAUAUUAAACAUUAAAUAAAAAAUAGAACAGCUA